GUGAAAAAAAUCUAACCAUCGGCCCGAAUCGCAAAAAUUUUAGUUCCGCCCGCGGCAUGCCGAAUCUUUCCUCCUCAAAAUUACCAGUGAAAAAUGCCCGAAAUUAAAUCCCAGUCGUGCGAAAAUGUGUAGUCAUUCGUCGGUCCCCGCCAAGUCCCAAGAUGAGUGGUAACAAAUGCUGCUGCGACAUCCAGGAGCAGAAGUGUUGCGAGGUCAACUGCCGCUGCGCCCUCUGCCGCGUCUACCACCGCUACACGCAAUGCGGCCGUCCCUCCUUGAACGUCAUGUGCUGUCGCGGCCGCUGGUGGAAGUCGCCGAUGAAACCGAAGUCUAAGUCCAUCACGGCCUGCGUCGUCGACCCCAACCAGAACAGGGACAACUGCAACCAGGGCCGAGACACCUGCUGCACCGGGAGGAUGGGGGGCGGUGGAGGUGCAUGUUGCCCGGCCAACCUAGGUUGCAAGCCCAGCCCGCCCAACGCCGGCUGUUGCCCACCCCCCGAUUGUGACCCUUGCAACCCGUGCCCCAAGACAUGCCCGGCACCGUGCCCGGUACCGUGUCCGCCGAAGAUGUGUUGCUCCCGGCAGAACUGCUGCAUGAAGACCAUCACCACCUCGGAGUGCGGUUGCAAGCUCCCCUGCUGUUGCCCCAAGCCCCGCCCCUGCGCCAAGUCGGUCUCCUGCUGCCAGUUGGAGUGCCAGCAGAAGCUCUGCAAGUGCACCUACACGCCGACCUUCAAGUGCUGCCCGCAGAAUUUCCCCCUCUCUUGUUGUCCCAAGAACAGCUGCUGCCAGACCUGCACCAAGGAUCUCCCCGUCUGCUGCACCGGCAACAACAGCAACAACGGCUGCAACAAUGAUUGUAACUCGUGUUGCAGGUACGGUAGCAACUACAACCCUGCACAACAACCAAUGUCGACUUACACCGGAGCCCCCUUUGAUUGCACGGUGGGUAAACUAAGUAAUUCUGAGCGCGUAACUGCAGGGAUCUCGAUCUGCCCGUCCGGUAGGAAUGCUCUAGCGUGACCGGCGGUCUAGUCUCAGCCUUGUACGAGUGAAUACAGCUUAUCAUUGAAUGGGGAUCCCAAAUUACGGAAGCUCUCAUCUGAUCAUUGAGGUGACACCUCCAGCAGAUGCCCCUGCGGAUAGUGCUUGUUGCUACGAGAAUGGACGGGGGCGCAUCUCCACGGCAUCCUCACCAAAAACACCUCUCUUAAGUUUUGGAUAAAGAAUAGCAUAUCUCAUCCUAAUCAUUCAGGAAUCACACCUCUCGUUAAUCAACCAUAUAAACCUCCACCUAAAUGAAACUGGAAAAUUAAAAAAAAAACAGCCUAAAAGACCUUGAAACAUCUCCCCAAGAAGGCGUCAAUGUUUAGAGAAAAGUCGUUUCAAAACUUCGCUGAAGGAGUCUGCCUUGUUUCAAUGAAAGGACAGAUGGGAGAAACGUGCGACUUAUCCGCCUAGGACUUUAACUUUUUCCCCCUUUUCUUUUUCCUUUUUUAAAUGAAAUUAAUGAUGCGUUUUCACCAAUACAGGGUCUAAAAUUAAAAUGUGAGAGUGAAAAAACACUCGUCGUCACCAAAACGUAACUCUCCAUAAAUAUCCACACAAAAUCGCUCCUCAUGCAGCUUGUGGUCGGAAAAAAUCAUUGCUCUGAAAAAAAAAUUAAUUAUCGUAAUCAUAAUGUUGGUUUCCUGGCUAAAAAAUACAUUUAUGCAUCAAGCCGGCUCUAUUGCGAAUGUGUAUGAAUGAUUUGAAAGUGAGAGAACAGUAUUUGAGGAAUUGUUAGUGCCUUUAGUAAAAUAAAUAGUGUGAUCAUCAAUAGUGUGUGUGGCGGUGCAUGUUACGACUGUUACGGUUAAAUUUAUGGAGUGUUACUUUUGGCACUGAGUAUCGGUUUCUCUGCUUUGUCUUGCAGAAUCAUAAUCAUGCCCAUCCCCUAAAUCGUCCAUUGCCGUUGGAUGGAUUUUUAUUUUGAACAUUAUUAAUUAUUUUCUGUGAUUUGAAGUUUUUAAUUGCAUAGCGAUCACCUGAGAUUUUUCUUAUCAUUGUGAAAGUAUUUUAAAGAAAGUCAAAAACAUGAUAUUUCCGAUAUGCUUCGUA